CUGAUUGUUCCCCCCGCAGAUGAAGGUACAUUGUGAUAUCAUAAGAUAAAUAAAUAGGCUAUAUGUACUUUGGAAUAUGCUUCGUCCAAUCAAGGCAAACAGGACAACCCUUUCGUAAAACGUCAUUUCCUCUGUAAACAGAAAACAGGAAAUAAAUGCUCGCUAUCUGCAAUCGGCCUCUGAAAGGUGCGUUAUUAUCAUACCUAACAUCAAAUUAUAAUUGCAACAUUAAUAGUUUUCUCCAGUCUGUUUUAAUUAUUGUAAGUUUUGUGUCAUAUCGUUGUUGUUAACGGUACACUUUUCUAGUUGUGUCGAUGCAGACAAUUGGGCCAAAUCAUAAUCAUCAGUCUUUCAUAAAGUAAAGCGACAAAAGAAGAACGCUGACUUUAUUUUGAAUGAAUUAACGGAGCUGUCUAUAUUUGCCCUACAGUUGAAGCUGAUUUUAGAAAAUAGUACAAGAGCACAAAAUCCAUGGAAAUUAAUUGCUCAAAAUGCGUGGGGACCCUGUACCAUAGUUUUGUUUUUGGACAUGAAGCUUUCUAUUCUUAGAAGUACCCUAGAAUAUCAUGUAAUUACCAUGGUAUAUAUUCACUAUAGUGGUAUUACCAUUUUUGUAAGGUUCGGUGUUGGAUAAGUUACUCAAAAAUAGUAAUCCACUGCAAAUUACUAAUUUUCUCCCAAAAAAAAUCUGAUUAUUAAUUACUUUAGUGGACGGGUAAUCACAUUACUAAUUACUUUAAUUUUAAGUUACAUUUCUAAAACACUUUUCCUUUCAACAAAUUCAAAAUAAUAUCUAUUUUUUCCUCGUUCAUUGUUUUACAUAAUACACUCAGCACCUCACAUUUCUCCCUCACAUUACUCAUUAUAUUAUAGACCUCACUCAUUACAGGUCUAUAAUUCAUGCUUUAAAAUAAUUUGACAUAAAUAAUAUUAUUUCAAAAACAUGUGUAACAGGGGGCCUGGGUAGCUCAGUGAUUAUUGACUACCACCCCUGGAGUUAUGAGUUCAAAUCCAGGGUGUGUUGAGUGACUCCAACCUGGUCUCCUAAGCAACCAAAUUGGCCCGGUUGCUAGGGAGGGUAGAGUCACUUGGGGUAACAUCCUCGUGGUCGCGAUUAGUGGUUCUCACUCUCAAUAGGGCCUGUGGUAAAUUGUGCGUGGAUCGUGGAGAAUAGCAUGAGACUCCACAUGCUGUGAGUCUCAGCGGUUUUAUGCACAACGAGCCACAUGAUAAAAUGCGUGGAUUGACUGCGUCAGAAACGGGCAAUUGAGACUUCUCCUCCGCCACCCAGAUUGAGCAGCAGCAUGGAGGGUUUGAAGUCCUCGUGCAGCACCAUGCAGGUGAGUUUUGUGUGUCAGCGCUGCAGUCAGCCACUGAAGCUCGACACAUCCUUCAACGUGUUAGACAGAGUGACCAUCCAUGAGCUCACCGCUCCAUUAGUGACAGUAACAGCCAGUAAACAGUCAGACAGCAGUGAGGGGAGCAGCAUCCCUGAGGAGACCUUUGUGGAGAGUAAACAGGAUGGCAUCGCCAGAAAAUACAUCCCACCUGCAAGGAUGAUGUCAACUGAAAGCACAAACAGUUUCACUCUUAUUGGAGAAACUUCAGAUGGAGGCACUAUGGAGAACUUGAGCCGCAGACUGAAGGUGACAAGUGAUCUGUUUGACAUCAUAUCUGGUCAGACAGAUGUCGAUCAUCCACUGUGUGAGGAAUGCACUGACACACUCCUGGAUCAUCUGGAUACACAACUCAAUGUCACUGAGAACGAGUGCCAGAAUUACAAGAACUGUUUAGAACUGCUGUCUCAGCUGCCAGAGGAAGAGGAAGUCAGUCUGUUAAAUGAACUACACCAGCUGAAACAAGAGGAAGAAUCUCUCAUCCAGGAGCUGGAGAGUAUCGAGGUGCAGCGUGAAGCUGUUGCUAAAGAUCUGGCAGAGGGUCGGAGCCACAGCCAACAACUGGACACUGAAGAACUGCAAUAUCAGAAGGAGUACUGUGAGUUCAAGCGGCAGCAGUUGGAGUUGGAUGAUGAUAUUAAGAGUGUAGAUAAUCAGAUGCGAUACUGUCAGAUUCAGCUGGACAGACUCAAGAAGACCAAUGUUUUCAACGCCACCUUUCACAUCUGGCACAGUGGGCAGUUUGGAACGAUAAAUAACUUCAGGCUGGGCCGAUUACCCAGUGUACCGGUGGAGUGGAAUGAGAUUAAUGCUGCCUGGGGUCAAACUGUCCUUCUACUGCACGCUCUUGCAAACAAGAUGGGGUUACGCUUUCAGAGAUAUCGUCUAGUUCCAUAUGGAAAUCAUUCCUAUUUGGAAUCUCUCACAGAUAAGUCUAAGGAGAUGCCGCUGUAUUGCUCAGGUGGUCUGCGCUUUUUCUGGGAUAAUAAAUUUGACCAUGCUAUGGUGGCCUUUCUCGACUGCGUCCAGCAGUUUAAAGAGGAGGUGGAGAAGGGUGACACAGGCUUCUGUCUGCCAUACAGAAUGGACGUGGACAAAGGCAAGAUUGAGGACACUGGUGGAAGUGGAGGAUCUUACUCUAUUAAGACUCAGUUUAACUCAGAAGAGCAGUGGACCAAAGCCCUCAAGUUUAUGCUCACCAACCUCAAAUGGGGUCUGGCUUGGGUUUCCUCUCAGUUCUACAGCCGCUAAAUAAAACUACACUGAAAUCUGACCCACUUUACCAAGAAACCACAUGAAAUUGAGUGAUGGAGUCUUCACUCAUGAUGGAGUCUUCACUGAUGUUGCAGUAUUAGUAUGAUAAUGGACUUUUUUUGUGAACUCAAAUCUUCAAUCACAAUGCAACAGUAAAAGGACUAUAUUUAUCUAUUAAACGCAAGUAGUAAUUUAGAAGGAUUUAUUUGUUGUAUUCACUUAAUGUUGUUGAAUUAAAAAGCAUUUCAGGCAACUUGUAAAGUUCACAAGUCCACUCUGUUAUGUGCCAUUUAUUAUGAAAUAUGAAAUGAACCUGCAUUUGUAUCUCAGUAAUUCACACAUGCUGUCAUGUGCUUAGAUCUGUGUUGACGAUUUUCACGCAACCAUGAAGAGCUGUCCAGAGCUGAAAAGACUUUGUAGUUACUCUUUCAGUCACAGAUACCAGAUUAUUGGUUAGGUGUUAGAAUAAUAAAACAAACCAAAAGGGAACUUCUGGUUAAUAUUUUUUCUCUAUAGCAGCUAAUUAUUUUAGGAAAUCUUUCAAGAUUUUUGUAAUAUCUUCAUUGAAGUUUAUUAUUUGAUUAGCUCUAAACUGGCUCUAGGCACAAUGAGCUAACAUAGCAAACUAAAACGCUAUCGCCUUUUAUUUUUCAGACUUUGUAUUGUUAAGCUUUUCCUUAUAGGAAACACAAAUAUGGAGAAAUUCUCCCAUUUAGGUUGCAAAUUGUUCUUCCUCCCUAGCCUUCUGGCCUGCAAAUUCAGUGGAGGAAUUUGUGACCAGACCCAGUAUGAGCCUCAAGUGCUCUAUACUGGGGUAGGGCUCCACAGGCCUAAUUCCCCCUUCAGGCAACUCCCUGGGAUAUAUUUUCAGCGGUACAGUCCCCCUCUUCCCCCGGUCGCUGCGUUUGUAGAGCUCCUCCCUCACCAGGUAGGACCUGCCACCGCUCCACUUCCACGUGUGGCUUGACAACCCAUGUGAUGUAUUGGCCACAUGUUACCUCCCCCCAGGUCUGGGCAUGAUGUGGUCUCCGCAGGGUCUUUUCAUGAAAGAAUAGGAACGGAAAAAAUCACCUUUGAACGCCUAUGAAAGCAUUUCAUAGCGUUAAGAUUGCCAGGCUGGCCGGCUUGCUCCCAUGAUAGUCAUGUCACCUGUUCGACACUAGAUCUACCACUGUAAAUGGCCGUACCUUAUUCUCGGCUCCUCAGUGCAAAAACCUGACUGACAGAUGCACACCCACUUCCAUUAAUACCAUAUAAAUUCCGUCUGGGGGCGGAACAUGCAUAUUCUGUCUGCCAAUUUCUCAUUGGCCUUUUCUCAAGUUCAGAGGUAUGUGAGGCUCUCAAGAAAAGACCCCUUGAGUCACUACAUUCGACAUGCCUCGUUCCCUCCAUCAGGGAACAGAGGUUACAACAGUAACCAUGACGUUUUCAUUAAUCAAUUAACGUUACACAAAUUCCAGUAAACAGAAAAAAGCUAAAUCAAUAUUUGGUGUGAACACUUUUGCAUUCAGAACAGCCCUAAUUAUCCUACUUACAUCUGGACACAGUUUUUCUUGGUUGUUGGCAGAUAGGAUGUUCCAAGCUUCUUGGAGAAAUUUUAUUUAUUUAGGCUGUCUCAAUGACUUCUGUUUCUUUGUGUAAUCCCAGUCUGACCCGAUGUUCUGUAUGAGGCUCUGUGAGGGCAAUGCGAUCUGUUGCAGGGCUCCCUGUUCUUCUAUUCUUUUCUAUUUGCAUAAGGAAUGUUUGGGAGUAUAAAAUGUAUAUUUCCUAUUGACACACUAAAGCUGAAGACAUAAAUAACCAUCUUAAGACAAAUGUUUUUGUGAAAUAUCUUAUGUGCCUAAGACUUUUUGCACAGUACCAUAUGUAGGUGCCAGGUUUGGGUUGAUGUCUUUUAUUUUGAAAUUUUUACUUUCAAUUUGUUACGUCACUUGUUGUAGGUGCAUAUUACCUGUUAGUUUGCGUGUGCUUAGUAUGUAGGAAGGGGGUGAGUUGCUGGGACGCUCACUUUCUGUUGACCGUUUUCAUUUCAUUUAGCUUAGCUUAAUUUCAUUUCAUUUCAUUUCAUUUCAUUUCAUUGCAUUUUUGCUUACUUUACUGUCAACAUCCAUCAUGUUCGUUUCAAUGUU